CUUGUGGCUAACGUUGUGCACAUAACAUGUUGAGGAGGCGUUCUUUGUGCCAUUGUUCAAUCAAGUAAAAACGAGAAAACGGAUAAAUGGACCGUGGGUCGAAGCACAGGCAGGUGAAGCCUCUGGCUGCCUCUCUGCUGGACGCCUUAGAUUAUGACAGCUCAGACGACAGUGAUUUCGAAGUGGGAGACGCAGAUGCCUCAGGGUCAGAGGGUAGUGCCAUUGGGAGUGAUGAGGAGGGGUCCAAGGAGGAGAGCGCUGCUGAGGACUCUGACAACAUCGGCUAUGCAAUGGACGGUGAGGAACAGACCAAGGAGCUGACAGGUGACGACACCCCCACAGAGGAAGAGGAGAGGACCAAGGAAGAGCAGCCGUCCUCUGACACUAGCAUCACCACCACUAAAGACCCUGCUCCAUCAGGGGUGCCCAGGGGCCGACGGAGGAGAGAGGAGAAGGCCUCGGACACAGAGGCUGGGAGUGGAGGAAGCGGGAGUGGCACAGGUCAUGGUAAUGUGGGUAGUGGUAAUGCGGUAGUGGUAAUGCAGAGGACGGCCGCGACACAGAAGCCCAAGAAGUGGAACCUGCGUUGUAAACGCCCCAUGCUGGACUUCAGCACCAUGGAAGAGCUCAACGAGAUGGACGACUACGACAGCGAAGACGACAAUGACUGGAGGCCCACCUCCGGCAAGAAGAAAGCCAAGACGGCGGCCACUCAGAGAGGAGGAAGCGAGGGAGAGGAGGAGGCGGAGGAGGAAGAUGACGACGGAGGGAGCGGUAGUGAGGAUGAUGAGAACGAUGGUGGUGAAGAUGAGAACGAAGAAGGGAGCAGUAGCGACAGUGAUAAAGAGGUGAAGAAACCCAAUAAGAAAGUGAUAAGCAGCAGUGUGCUUGACAAGGAGCUGACCAAUGACAGCAUGUCACAGGGAAAGAGCAACAAGGAUGCCCUGCUGGAGCGUGCCCAGGCGUGGAGCGCGGUGGCCCAGAGGAUGGAACACAUCCUGAUCUGCUGCGUGUGUCUGGGAGACAACAGCGAGGACGCUGACGAGAUCAUCCAGUGUGACAACUGUGGUGUGACUGUACACGAAGGUUGCUAUGGAGUGGACGGGGAGAGCGAUUCCAUCAUGAGUUCUGCCUCGGAGAACUCUACGGAACCGUGGUUCUGUGAUGCCUGCAAGAACGGAGUCACGCCCAGCUGUGAGCUCUGCCCCAAUCAGGACGGGAUCUUCAAAGAGACUGACGCUGGGAGAUGGGUCCAUGUGGUUUGUGCGCUCUACGUCCCUGGAGUAGCGUUUGGGGACAUUGAUAAACUACGACCAGUGACUCUCACAGAGAUGAAUUACUCCAAGUAUGGGGCCAAGGAGUGCAGUUUCUGCGAGGACACCCGGUUCGCCCGGACAGGCGUGUGUAUCAGUUGUGAUGCUGGCAUGUGCCGAUCCUACUUCCACGUGACCUGUGCUCAGAGGGAGGGGCUUCUCUCCGAGGCAGCUGCGGAGGAGGACAUAGCCGAUCCCUUCUUUGCGUACUGUAAGCAGCAUGCGGACCGCUAUGACAGGAAGUGGAAGAGGAAGAACUACCUGGCUCUCCAGUCCUACUGCAAGGCGUCUCUACAGGACAAAGAGAAGCAGCUGGCCCCCGAGGCACAGGCCCGUAUUACCACCCGGCUGCAGCAGUACCGGUCCAGGGCAGAGCUGUCCCGUAACACCCGGCCCCAGGCCUGGGUCCCCCGGGAAAAGCUGCCGCGACCCCUGACCUCCAGCGCCUCCGCCAUCAGGAAACUCAUGAGGAAGGCUGAGCUCAUGGGCAUCAGCACGGACAUCUUCCCCGUAGACACGUCAGACAUCAGCGCCAGUGUGGACGGACGCAGGAAACACAAGCAGCCCGCCCUCACUGCAGACUUCGUCAACUAUUACCUGGAGAGGAACAUGAAGAUGGUGCAGAUCCAGGACAAUAUCUCUGAGCAGAAGAGCCUCAAAGACAAGCUGGAGAGUGAGCAGGAGAAGCUGCACGUCGACUACAACAAGCUGUGUGAGUCUCUGGAGGACCUGCAGAAUCUCAACAGUGUUCUGAGGAGUGAGGGCCAGGUCAUAUGGACCAUGCUGGGAGGAAUCCUAGGACAGAAACUGAACUCCCCGUCGGUCCUGAAAGCCCCUAAAGAGAGGAAGCCCAGCAAGAAGGAGGGAGGAGCUCCUGGGAAGUCCUCCAGCCUACCAGCUGUCCUCUACAGCUGUGGGAUCUGUAAGAAAAACCAGGACCAGCAUCUCCUGCUCCUGUGUGACACCUGCAAGCUCUACUACCAUCUGGGCUGUCUGGAGCCUCCGCUGACACGCAUGCCCAAGAAGACCAAGAACAGCUACUGGCAAUGUUCCGAGUGUGACCAGGCCAGUAGCGAUGAUGCCGACAUUGCCAUGGAGACCCUGCCCGACGGCACCAAAAGGUCUCGGAGACAGAUUAAAGGACCAAUCAAAUUCAUCCCUCAGGAGAUGUCCCCAGAGCCCAAGAAACGAGAUGUGAGGGGCACGGUUAUAGUCCUGCUGAAUGGUGGAUUUGUCUCCCAGUGUCUAUUGGAAAGCAGACUGAACCAGAGAACCAGAGGACAGAAGAGGAAGAGGGUGUCCGUCUUUGAAGAAGAAAAGUUUGAGGUGCAGGAACCGGCUCUACGGGAGCGGCAUCAGCGCCAGUCUGCGAUGCAGAAGAAGACACCUAAAGCAGACGACACUAGGACCGACUGUACAUCCUGCAAAGGACCUGGGGACAACGAGAACCUCGUCAGGUUGUGAGAGCCAGGGCAGACACCUCUCCUCACCUCCCCACACCUUGACACAGCUGGACAGAUGAGAGAGAGAAGCAGACCUUUGGCUUAGAGGCAGAGAGGGACUUAAUUACGUGGAAGAAUGACAGCGACGGUGUGGGAUCAGAUGGCCAUCUUUGACCUUCCAACCACGGUCUUCUUCGUGACCCAAAUUGGACCUUCUACUGGCCGUCCAAUUAAAAUUGAGGGAGAGAGGCAGAAAUGGAAAUGACCUUUGAUGAAUUCUAAAAUACUUUGGAAGGUUCAGUAUUACUGAACUGGUCAUUCUUGGAAGAAACAACAGGCCCUUUAUGAUCAUUACUGCCAACUCUAAGAGUCCAUCUCUAAGGACUAAGGUCUAUCUAGAGUAAGGAGUGAUUCUGAAACUGAACAAUAUUACUAGAAGCAUCUCAUUGGUUACCUGUCUGUCUGCUCCUCUCUAUUCCUCUAACAAUGGUGCUUCUUCUCUUCCCCUUUUUUUGUCUCCCUUGUUCCCUUUUCUGUUUCUCUACCCCUGUCUCUUCACUCUCUCCUCAGCCCCAUUCCCUCUCUCAUCCAUUCUAUGUUGGCACUUCACUCCUUUGACCUCCCUAAGCAUCUUAUCACCACAUCCAAUCAGUUGUAUUGACUCGAGUCAUUUGUGGUCCAAUCACAUAGUGUUUUCCUCAGUAAAGGCCUUUAAAUGGAGAUGCACUUGAACUUAAGCUCUCAUCAUCUUCUUCUAGUGUUGUGUUGUCAUCAAGUAGAACUUUAUAGAGUAGAGGAAAAGUAGUGAUUUUUAGUAGAAUGAUUUUCCUUUCUGGUGUUUGAGAAGUACUGUAAGUAGCUGCUUAGAUAAGGUUUAACAUAUUGAAAAUAGCAACAUUCGUAGUAAUGGUUAUUGUAACUUCUAAUGUGAAUGUGUGUGUACAGUAGGUUUUUAGUCACCCUAAAAACUCUCUCUUUAAUAUUUUUAAAAUAACAGUUUAACUCUGAGUUCUAUUGGAAGUGUGUGUGUGCACGCGUCUCCCCAGUGCCCCAUAGUGAGUGCUGUCAACUGAGCAGCUGCCAUGUGGUCUGUCUGUCAGGGUCCUUGACAGAAGUGUCACAGUUUGCCCUCACAUGUCACUCCUCCGCUCAUCUCCCCCAUCCCAGGACCCUCUAUGUCACUACUCCUCUCUUCUGCCCAUCUGUCUGGGGACCCUAUAUCCAUGGCUCUGGGAGCUGCAAAACCUCACAAUGCUUAGGUCCACUGGAAAAUCUGCUGAGGAAAUAAAUAUGGUGGUUUGGUAGUUUUCCUGUGGAGAUUAGAGAUGCCUGUACAGGAUGACCUGGUCACUCACCACGUCAUGUCACCCCCACGAGCCCUCCUCAUCCUUCUCAUCCUCUUCUGUCUCCUCCUCAAAAAAAGGACUGUCCAUGAGCUACAGCCUCUAGCUAACCCUACUACAGCUAACCAGCUAACUCUACUACAAUCAACCAGCUAACCCUACUAUAUCUAACCAGCUAACUCUACUACAGCUAACCAGCUAACCCUACUCCAGCUAACCCUAAUGCAACUAACCCUACUGCAGUUAACCCUACUUUCAGCUAACCUUACUCCAGUUAACCCUACUCCAGCUAAUCCUAUUCCAGUUAACCCUACUAAAGCCAACCCUACUACAGCUAACCCUACUCCAACUAACCCUACCCUACUACAGCUAACCAGCUACCCCUACUCCAGCUAACCCUACUCCAACUAACCCUACCCUACUACAGCUAACCAGCUAACCAGCUAACCUUACUCCAGCUAAUCCUAUUCCAGUUAACCCUACUAAAGCCAACCCUACUCCAGCUAACCCUACUCCAACUAACCCUACCCUACUAUAGCUAACCAGCUAACCUUACUCCAGCUAACCCUACUCCAGCUAAUCCUAUUCCAGUUAACCCUACUAAAGCCAACCCUACUACAGCUAACCCUACUCCAACUAACCCUACCCUACUACAGCUAACCAGCUAACCUUACUCCAGCUAAACCUACUCCAGCUAACCCUAUUCCAGUUAACCCUACUAAAGCCAACCCUACUACAGCUAACCCUACUCCAACUAACCCUACCCUACUACAGCUAACCAGCUAACCUUACUCCAGCUAAACCUACUCCAGCUAACCCUAUUCCAGUUAACCCUACUAAAGCCAACCCUACUACAGCUAACCCUACUCCAGCUAAUCCUAUUCCAGUUAACCCUACUAAAGCCAACCCUACUACAGCUAACCCUACUCCAACUAACCCUACCCUACUACAGCUAACCAGCUAACCUUACUCCAGCUAAACCUACUCCAGCUAACCCUAUUCCAGUUAACCCUACUAAAGCCAACCCUACUACAGCUAACCCUACUCCAACUAACCCUACCCUACUACAGCUAACCAGCUAACCUUACUCCAGCUAAACCUACUCCAGCUAAUCCUAUUCCAGUUAACCCUACUAAAGCCAACCCUACUACAGCUAACCCUACUCCAACUAACCCUACCCUACUAUAGCUAACCAGCUAACCUUACUCCAGCUAAACCUACUCCAGCUAAUCCUAUUCCAGUUAACCAUACUAAAGCCAACCCUACUACAGCUAACCCUACUCCAACUAACCCUACCCUACUAUAGCUAACCAGCUAACCUUACUCCAGCUAACCCUACUCCAGCUAAUCCUAUUCCAGUUAACCCUACUAAAGCCAACCCUACUACAGCUAAUCAUAUUCCAGUUAACCAUACUAAAGCCAACCCUACUACAGCUAACCCUACUCCAACUAACCCUACCCUACUAUAGCUAACCAGCUAACCUUACUCCAGCUAACCCUACUCCAGCUAAUUCUAUUCCAGUUAACCCUACUAAAGCCAACCCUACUACAGCUAACCCUACUCCAACUAACCCUACCCUACUAUAGUUAACCAGCUAACCUUACUCCAGCUAACCCUACUCCAGCUAACCCUACUAAAGCCAACCCUACUACAGCUAACCCUACUCCAACUAACCCUACCCUACUACAGCUAACCAGCUACCCCUACUCCAGCUAACUAGAUACUCCAGCUAAUCCUACCCUACUACAGCUAACCCUACCCUACUCCAGCUAACCAGCUACCCCUACUCCAGCUAACCCUACCCUUCUACAGCUAACCCUACUCCAGCUAACCCUACCCUACCCUACUACAGCUAACCCUACUACAGCUAACCCUACCCUACUCCAGCUAACCAGCUACCCCUACUCCAGCUAACCCUACCCUACUACAGCUAACCCUACCCUACCCUACUACAGCUAAACAGUUAACCCUACUCCAGCUAACCCUACCCUACUCCAGCUAACCCUACUCCAGCUAACCCUACCCUACUACAGCUAACCCUACCCUACUCCAGCUAACCCUACCCUACUCCAGCUAACCCUACCCUACCCUACUACAGCUAACCAGCUAACCAUACUCCAGCUAACCCUACCCUACUACAGCUAACCCUACCCUACUACAGCUAACCCUACCCGACUACAGCUAACCCUACCCAAACCAGCUAACCCUACUCCAGCUAACCCUACUCCAGCUAGCCCUACCCUACCCUACUACAGCUAACCAGCUAACCCUACUCCAGCUAACCCUACCCUACUACAGCUAACCCUACCCUACUACAGUUAACCAGCUAACCCUACCCUACUACAGUUAACCAGCUAACCCUACCAUACUACAGCUAACCAGGUAACCCUACUUCUACUAACCUUAGCUCUGGCUCUGUAUAUAUAUAACCAUCAGACCAAGGGUUAGGCUAUGGCCAACUGUGUAUCUGACUGUAGCCUACAGUAAAUGUACAUGGCAAUACGUGGUGUGUUCCAUCCGUUUAGAGUGUGUGAAUGAACACCUGGUAGCUGUGUUGUGUGAUCGGUGUGUACAGUAUUUAUUGAUUGAUUGAAGUCCAUGCUUUUUUGUGUCUUAUUUGUGCAUUCAUUCUUGAUUUUAUAUCGCAAUACGCCUUUUGUUAUUACUGUAUUGUGAAGAAAUUGAGUUAAGCUCACUUUUGUGUAGGAACCUUAAAGGACUCCUUGCUAGGCAUAUUAAUUGUUUACAUAUUUGUUUACAAUACAUGCCUUUAUGCUACUAUUUUUUUACACACAUAAACACACAUAUAUGUGAUUAGUAUUAUUUGUAUAUUUCUAUAUGUAAUUAUUUCUAACAUGUUGUGGUAUUACCACAUUUGGUAGAAAUUCAUACAGUAACUGUGAUAUACUGUAUGGAGUAAGAAUGUUGCUGCUCUCAUGAUAUGUGUGAAUGUGAAGUAUCCCGAACUCCCAGCCCCUAUGGCCCUCAUCAUUACAGCAGAGCUUUAAUAAACUCUUGACUUUUUCACCUUA